AUGUUCGGUUGGGCUUUCGCCAUCCUGAGGCGCAUAAAGAUAGAAGAAAAACUAGACUGGCUUUUUCUUAGCAUCCGUAACAGCUUGGGCUUUGCUCCGGGACGCAAGCGAGUAGACCAAGGCUCGCCUUCUACACCUGAAAGGGAAAUUCAAAAUCCAGCCGUAAGCGCCAAGGGUCAAGAAAGUCAAAAUCUCGCCCAAGAUGCCGAAAAUCAAGUAGUGGCAGGGAUAGCUAAAGGUAUUAACCUUGCUUUCCCAGAAACACAUGGAAAUGAUCCCUCCAAAGAUGAAAGCAAGCUGCUAGAUCGCGAAGAAACUCACAAGCUUCGCGAACAUAUGAUUAAAGGCGUUGAAGCGCUAGCGAAUCGUAUAGCUCCAGCCUCGAAACGAGCCGAAAUACAUCGGCCUAGUACCGCAACUGUUGCAGCUGUUGAAGACUAUGAUGUCUCUGUGCCGGAAUAUAUUAUAUCCUCACUGAAGGUUGCGCUGCCGAACCACGAUAUGAGUUUCUUAAACUCAAACCAGGAAGGUUUGGGAAUGGGCGACGAGGUGGUCGGUCGCGCGCAGUCGGACAAGCUCAGUGAUCACAAGAACCCCCAAUCUGACGAACAUGGCGGUCAUCAAACGGUUGAGACGUCGUCUUUUCCUUCAGUACUACCUACCCCGAUGCAAGACAAUCUGAACCAUAUGCUCAGCAAUUACAGAACUUGGAACCAACAAAUCUAUCCAGAGCUCCCACUUGACCAGAAGUCAAUCCGUCUGGUGGAAAUACUUCCUGGAACUUCGAACGAAAUUGAGCUCAACCUUAUCAAGGUCUCUUUGGAUGAAAUCCGGGAUGCAUAUGAAGCACUGUCAUAUGUGUGGGGCUUGCCAGAUCCAGCAAAAACUGUCCGACUUAAUGGCCUGAAUGUGACAGUCAACCCCAAUCUCUUUGAUGCCCUUCUAUCUUUGCGCCAAACGGAUGUUAAAAGACGAAUAUGGAUUGAUGCCAUUUGCAUCAAUCAAAAAAACUUGAGAGAACGCUCAAUAGAGGUUAGAAAAAUGGGCGAGAUCUAUCGUCUAGCGAAAGCCGUUGUCGUCUUCCUCGGAACCUCGGGAUCGGCUGCACGAGGCUCUCCAGUCAACGAUGUUUUCAGCUUUCUUCGCAGACGCGCUCGUGAGACAACAGCAUACGUAUCAAAUCGCCAGGAUGAUGAGGUUACGGAUUGCUUGGAGGAGUUAUGCCGAGAGUAUGGUCUAGACAAGUGGAGAGUUUGCAGAGGCUUCCUCGAGAUGUGUGCCCAACGAUGGUGGAGCCGCGUUUGGACAAGGCAAGAGUUUUAUCUCGCAUCAGACGAGCCCAUAUGGUACUGGGGCAGUGAUUCGAUUAGCAAUGCGGUACUCAAACAAGAGUUCAAGCUACUAGUCAACUUAUUAUUGCCUCUCCUAGCCAAGCUUGAUGCUCCAGAAGGCUUCCAGUCUGAAGUCGCCAAGGUCAUGGGUAAACCACACGCUGCCUUCAAGAAGGACGUCGAACACAUCUUCGACUUGAUUUCUCGUCGACUCAAGACCAACGGCUACGAUGCACCACGCCGUUUGUAUGGUGAGCUUUCCGCUCAUGCUACGGAUUCACGAGAUCUGGUCUAUGGCCUACGUGAGAUCUUUGAUCCCGUCUUUCGUAGGGUAUUCGUACCUGACUACUUCAUGCGCCCUGAGCUCCUGUUUGCUUGUCUGGCCGUUUUCCUGAUACAAUAUGAGUGCUGGGCAGAUGUUCUUUGGUGGUAUCCCUACCGAUACGCAAGUGUGGAGGAUCAUCUGCCAACCUGGCUGCCAGAUUUCUCGAGGCGGGCUGAUUUGAGUUACCUGGAACCUGUUCCCAUGAAACUCCAGGUCGACGAAACGCCAUACCCGAAGAUGAUAAUCCUAAACCAUCGCUUGCAUGCAGAAGGCUAUGUUUUGGAUACCAUGUAUGGUCACCGUCACUUAGACAAGAGCGAUGGCCAUAAGAUACUAAAAGAGCUUUGGCAGUUUGAUCACAUCUUAAAUGCCAACCUUCUGUGCCAUCGUUAUAUCCUUAUGGAUGAGGAUAAAGACGAUGCAUCAUUGAGUAUCUUCCUGCGAAUGUGCAAAGACUCCCUUAUCGACCGUGAUCGUGCUCUGGUCUCCGCUUCCAAAGGCGCUAUACUUCGUUCGACCACGAAGUCAGAAGAGGAAAAGAAUCUCCCACUUGAUGUUGCUGAAUGUCUACCAUAUUUUGAUAUUCUCAUGUGGCAUUGUCUCGGACAUGACGAGUUAGGAAUCUCUAAAGUACUUGCUGGCGAUGAUACUCGUUCAUCUAAGCUGUUCCGAAACCUGUUCCGCCCAAAGAUGAGUAACACGUUCUGCAAGACAAUGGCCAGCUUUUUCAUUGGCGCUUGCAUUUUUGAUUGGGAUCAUCUUAGUAGCUUGCUUGAUCGCUUCCCAGGCGCGCCAAUGUGGUCGCAGACUAACAACGACUACUGGUUCAACACAGUGGGCGCCGAUGAUGCACACCGCGCAGCAGUUACUGCUAGUGCUGUCGGAUCUUACAUCACUCACAUUCUCCAUGUCAUCAUACAAACGAACUGGGGAGCUUCUUGGCACUACCAGACAUUUUGCACGCUCAUCCUUCUCGACUGUGACAGUCACGCAAGUAUAGCGCCCUUGGUGACGAAGUUGCGAGAUGCAGCCGCCGCAAAUGGAGCGGCAAUUGCAGGAGUUGGCAAGCAAGAACGAAAGUGUCGAAACCAGGUUACGCAAUUACGAUGCAGUUGUCGAAAGAUUCAAAGGAAGAUUCCUCAUUUGGACGGAUGA